AUGGGGACAACAGCAAGCCAACUGGGGAAAGAGCUGUUGUCAGAAUACCAAGAGCUGACAUUUCUGACAAAGCAAGAAAUCCUCCUUGCUCACAAAAGAUUCACAGAACUUCUAACCAGAGAGGAAAAAGACAUCCCAAAUGUCAGGGUACCAAUGGAGAGGAUUCUUACCCUUCCAGAGCUCAAAUCCAACCCUUUUCGGAAACGAAUCUGCUAUGUCUUUUCCACCUCGGAACACAAAGAUGGAAGCCUUACGUUUGAAGAUUUUUUAGAUCUUUUGAGCGCCUUCAGUGAUUCAGCCACAAUGGAAAUCAAAUCCCACUACGCCUUUCGUAUAUUCGACUUUGAUGAUGAUGGGACCCUAGACUCUGAUGACCUACAGAAGCUGGUGAACUGCCUGACUGGAGAAACAGACGACACACAACUCACAUUUGAAGAAAUGAAGCAACUCAUCAGCAAUAUUCUUGAAGAAUCUGACAUUGACAAAGACGGAACAGUGAACCUCUCAGAGUUUCAGCAUGUCAUUUCAAGAUCACCAGAUUUUGUCAGUUCUUUCAAGAUUGUUCUGUGA